CACUAUUGGCUGGUCUGAACAGCUUUGUAGUAUUUUUAGGCCUGUUAUUCUGGGGCCAGUGCUAGCAGGCCACUGGGACGGUAUUUAAGUCUCCCGCUGCAAACAGGGAGCACUAAGAAGACUACACUCCUGUAGACAUUUUACAUCUUCCCCGGGAAGCCAUGCCUCCAGCAUAAUGUCAGCUGAAGUUGCAAUCCAGAAGUUCUCGUUUCCUUUUAAGUGUUCUGUACACCUUUCUCCACAAGAGAAGGUGACCCAGAAGGAAUGUGUACAGGUCAAAGAACCAAAGCCUACUGAGUCUAAACAAAAUGUAAAUUUAGUCAAGCUGAGCCCUGCUAGAGUCGUGGGUGAGAACCAAACGCAUGGGAGUGCAAAGCCUCCUCCUGGGGUGGACAAGGCAGACACCCAGCCCACAAUCUGCACUGACGAGUCUCUGACUGCUGUGGUUCUUAAACAGAACAAUAGUCUGAAGGGGGAAAAGGAGGACCAACAUCUAGCAGUACAGAAAGCAUCUGUGGGCAAUGCUAUUGCAGCAGUGAAGAAAGGUUUAAUGAAAACUGAUGCACGUGGACAGAAAAGAGAUCAGCAGAACACAAGACUGGGCCAAAGGGUUCCUCCACAUGCUGCUGCAGUCGGCAAACGGAGGCACAGAAAGGAUCUCUUCACCAGCCCAGAGGUCUUCCACAGACUUGAUUCCCAGGUGAUCAGGACUGGAGUGGAGCUAAAAGAAAACUGUGUGUAUGAUGUGAAGACAAUAGUACAAAGUAUCACAGAGGGAGCCAGAACUGAGCUGGAGAGACUUCGUUCCAUCUGGGUCUGGCUGUGCCACAACAUUGAGUAUGAUGUGAGCGGAUAUCUUGGCCACUCAGAGAAGCUAAGCUCUCCAGAGGAAGUGAUAGCCGCUGGUCGAGGAGUUUGCUGCAGCUACUCCAACCUUUGUACGCAGAUGUGCAGGGAAAUGGACAUAGAGUGCCAAGAAGUUCCAGGCUACAGUAAAGGCGUUGGCUACCGUCAAGGCCAGAGUCUGAGGGAGGUGAAGUCAGACCACCUGUGGAACGCUGUGCUCCUGGAAGGGCAGUGGUUCCUACUGGACGCCUGCUGGGGGGCUGGACAGGUAGAUCUGGAUAACAAAAGCUUUGUCAAAAGGUUUGAUGACUUCUAUUUCCUAACCGACCCAGAGGAGUUCAUUGAUUCUCACUUCCCAGAUGAGGAACGAUGGCAACUCCUGGACAUGCCCAUUCCUCUGGAGGAGUUUGAGGGGAGAGUUUUCAAGACCUCGUCCUUCUUCACCAUGGGGCUAAGGCUAAUAAAACCUCAUCAUUUCCACAUUCUAACAGAUGAUGGAGAAGCUAACGUGAGCCUUGGCUUCACCAAACCAACCAUAUUUACUUAUGAGAUAACCCAGCAUAAAGACCUUCUCCACUGUGGAGCUUCAGAGCUGAAAGAGGCAAGCAGCUCCUCGUUUGGCCUCCUAACAGUCUCUCUUCGGAGCAUGAAGUUGCAGCUUCUGCCACCUGCAAGUGGCCUUUAUGAUGUGAAACUGUUUGCAAGACCUGAAACAGCUACCACACCUCUGGUUUGGGUGUGCUCCUUUACAGUUGAGUGCCCAGUCCCAAAGACAACAGAGGACAUUCCAGUGAACCCACACAUGUCUUGGGGCCUGCAGCCUUUCGCCAAAUCUUUGGGAGUUUUAGGCAGUAGCCAAGGUGGUGAGGUUAUUGAAGUGGAUGAUGGUGUUUUUGAAUUGACCUUGAAGACCUCCAGGCCUCUGAUGAUGCUAUGCGAACUGGUCCACCCAAAAAUGGAAGCCGAUCUGGUCAAGCGCUGCCUGGCAACUCAAAUUCAACCAGACACUCUCACUUGUCACAUUUUGUGUCCUUUGCACGGUUUUUACAGACUGUCAGUGUUUGUACGUGACUAUGAAAAAACUGAUGUCAAAGUUCAAAAUGCUGCAAAUUUCUUGUUGCACUGUAACGGAACAAUUGCUGGUCCAGAUGAGCUGUUCCCUCCUAACCUGGGCUCAGCAUGUGGGCCAGGGACGAGAACAUCUGAGGCAGGUUUGUCUAAAUUCAGCCAUAACACAGCCAUAGUGUGUACCCAACAAGGGAAGUGUAACAUCACUUUUUACAACCAGCAAGAUUUGGAGCUUCACUAUGUCCUAAGCAAAGAGAACAACACAACAGCUUUUCCACAUUCUCGUUACUUAUUUUGCACGUACACAGACAGCAAGGUAACCCUCAGUCUCAGCCUACCAGAGCCUGGGGUAUAUCGAUUGGGACUUUAUGCUUGCAAUACCCCUGGUGGAGAUUUUAGUCCCAUGUGUGACUUUGUUAUAAAGAGCAGCUGCAAUCAACCGAGACCUCCAUUCCCCAAUGUCUAUUCAGCCUGGGUAAAAGGUUGUGUUCUCUUUGAGCCUCGUGCAGGCCUGCUCGAGCCCCUCUCCUGGGUGCAGUUUAGGGUUCGGGUGCCCAGGGCCGUUAGAGUAAGUGUAGUGGGCGAGACGCUUACUGAUCUGAAACUGAACAACACUAGAAUUUGGGAGGGGAAGGCUUUUAGUGGGAGUGGUUCUCUGGAACUAAAGUUGGUCGCUUCUUCAGGGGACUCCACUGACAUGGCUGUUCUGAUGACAUUUGAUGUUAAGUUGGUGGAAAAUGAAAAAUGAAAACAAAUAUUUGGCUAGAAAAACCAGCUGAUAAUGACUUGUGCAAAUGUAUUGGCACUGGAAUGUAUAGGCUGAUAAUUAGGGGUGUGAGUUUUAAUAAUUUAGGUUCAACUGGAUUAGUAAUGUUUCUAUUGUUGGAACUUAACGGUAAUUUCUGGUAUUUGACGGAAGAUAGAAUGGCCUGGUCCUCUCAGCUGUUGUCCAGCACCAAAAUGCAUCCACAGUAACAUUAAAAGUUAUAUUCUGUCAAAGUAUGGCAACUGAAUCCAUUCACAGGACAGAGAGAGCUGCUGUGUGGUGUAAAGUGUGGCGCUAAACGACCAGAAGAAACUUUGUUUUUUGCGGUGCUCUGUGAAACAAAGCCCAGUGAAUGAUGUCGUUGUUGGAGGGUUUCAGCUUGGCUUUUCAGUGUUGGGAAUUUAAUAAUAGUGAUUUAAAAUCAGUGUGAAUGCUGCUUAUUUGCUUGUGCUUCGAUUCUGCUUCACAAGCAGCUCUUCUAAUUUUAUUAUCACCAUUUUUUGAGACGUCUGCUGAUGCCGUUUCCUACUGAGUUAGAACCAAUCAGCCUGAGUUAACCAAAAGUUCUGCUCAGCAACUCAGCUGGGCUUGAGUACCUACCCAUGUUCAGAUUGUAGCAUUAAUGAUUAGCUACUUAUUUAUUAAAUGAUCAAUAAGAUGUGAUGUUCCAUAUAAAAAUGAAAUAUCAAUCUGAUUGGUCUUUGAAUGUUUAAUCAGAAGACUUUAGUCUCUUGAACUUAUUCAGGGAACACACAUUUCGCAUGUAUCCAGACAGAGUCAAGAAUAUAGUUUAUAAGUAUGAUUUUGAUUCUAUUUUCCUUAACUGAAUGAUUGUACAUGACAACGUAUAAAUGAAAUAAUGGUUGUACAGGUAACAGAUGAUGAAUGAAGUGAUGGAAUGGAAGCUAGAUGUUUUGGUAGAAUCUUGUGAGUAUCUGAGAUUGAGCUUGUGAAGUCUGGGUCAUAAAAUCAUUUUGGCUGUAUGGUUUGAUAAGCUAAACUAUAUUUAUAAAACCAUCCGAUGCCAGUGUGCAGUGUCUAAGAUACCCUUGUAUGACUUUCACUCCUGGUGGUCUGGAGGAAAGGCAGCCCGAGUGAUGAGGUCACCAGACGUCGAGACCACGAGAACCCAAAGAGUUGUAGCUCCCUUUGACUGCAGCUUUCACCGGCAAUGAGAUGCAACCAGGGCUUGCAGAUUAGAUGUCUGUCUGAGGUGUUGGGUGGCUCUUAAUAAAGCUGUUGUGUCUGAAAUCAUUCGCAAGUGUUGCAGAGCAACUGUGGCCUUGAAGUCAAAAGAGAGAAUGGUCUCAAAAUGCUUGUUCAUCCAAUUGGCCUUAUCAAGUGAAUGGCGAAGACUGACUAGAUCAGGAAGUGUUCUAACUUUUAUUAACUUUUGUUUAUACACUUAUACAAAUUGGAAUUUGACACUUUAAAAAGGAGUUAACAAAAUACCUCAGAAAUCACACCUUCACUCAGAUCUUCAGAGAGGUUAACUCAGUGUGAAGUGGAAAUGUUUUUACACAUUUAUGUGAAGUGAAUGUUAAAAUAUGUUUUAUUAUUAAUCUUAUGAUGUAUGAGUAUACUGAUAGAUGAACUUGUAAACUCCACAAAUACUGAUCUGGUGUAGUUUAAGAUCUUAAAAUGAAUCAUUGCAGGAAAAGUAUUCAUUUUAACACAUCAUUGAUUGAAUGCACACAUUAUUCACACACUUUGGGAUUUAACAAGAGAUGAUUAUAUGACACUUAUGCAAUUAUUGCAUUUUAAAAAGGUAAUUUAUGAUUCAAGGAAGAUGAACUUUAUUCAGAGUGAGAGUGCAGAAGGUCUCGUCUCCCGCAUGACUUUUGUUCCAGCCAAGAUAAAGUAGCUAGGUUUAUUAUGUCUCCUUUAUCCGGUGACAAGACCUCGUGCAGUGCUUCUUGUUUGGAGGCCAGACAGAUUGGAUGUUUGUGUCUACAAAUUAAUUUCAUUUCUGGUCAUUUGUGAUGUAAAUACUGGCCUUUGGGUGCGUUACAAGGUACUCAGUUGGUUCCUGAGAAUGGUCAGCCCAUUCAGCCGGCCUGGUGAAAUGGAGACAUGUGCGUGCCGGGAAGUUUUGGUAAAAUUAUCCUAAUUAGUGGAAACAUGCCUAUAAGAAAGGUUUUGAGAACUAUUUAUGCAAGAAUAAAUACAUUGGCACAGUCAUGUUAAAUCUUUGGUAGGCUUUAUGUUUCUCAUAAUUAUGUCUCAGAUCUAAAACAUAUUUGCUAGCUUUAACUUAAUGUAACUGUGUUCUCUAUAGCACUCUCUGUCUCCUAUCCAGAUCCCGUUUUACCUACGUUACUUCAUCAUUUAGAUUUACAGACAUUUGCCUCAGCUUUGCUGAUAUCCAACCACAGCAUGCAAAUCAGGUUGAGGUCUUGACUUUGAGUUAUUGCAACACAUUUCACAGCUCUCCAUGACUGAAAAGAUUUUCAUCAAAUAAAUGUUUAUAGGUCAGAAAUGGUGCUCAGCUUCGACAUAUACUGUAUAAUGAGUGCAUUUGUGCAUUUUAUGAGUCAGAAAUUAGCAAAUGCAAUAAAAUAGAUUUA